CGCAUUUGUAGCGAGUCGUGUCCAGUGUGACGUGAUGCGUUGGUAUUUCCUGCUGCUGCUGUUAGAUCCGUGUGUCAUACUCACAUACUUAAUAAGGACCACCCACCAUGUCGGCAGUUACGGAGGUUCAGAACACCACAACUGAGGCCCUGGCCGCCCUGCUAGACGGGGGUGAAGACGCCCUGGUAACACUAGUGGCGGGCGAGACGAGGGUGGCGGCUCACAGGGCGGUGUUGGCGGCCGCGAGCCCCGUCUUCGCAGCGAUGUUCGCGCACAACAUGCUGGAGGCCAGCUGCGGCCAGGUGAGCAUCGACGACGUGGAGGGCCCGGUGCUGAGGCUCCUGGUGGCCUACACAUAUACCCUGCAGGCCCCCCAGCUGCCCGACACGGCCCCCCAGCUGCUGGCGGCGGCCGACAAGUACGGCUUGUCGGCCCUGAAGGCUGCCUGCGAGCGGCAGCUGAUCUCGCAGUUGGCCAUCGAGACCGCAGCGGCGACGGCCGUCAGGGCAGUGAGGCACUCAUGGCCGGACGCCACCAGGGCUGCCGUCGCCUUCAUAAACGACCACCCGCAGGUGAUGGCCACACGGGGCUGGGCAGACGCUGUGCUCGAGUACCCGCAAGAGGUGAUUGAAGUCAGCAGAAUGCUCGGUGAGCCACCAGCAGAAGCCAGGUAAGCACGAUUCCCUUUUUGGCAGUGCUACUGUGAAUUUGACGUCGUCCUUGCUUUGUUCGUCGUGGGUUUCUUUGCUGCCUACAUUGCAUAGCACCUUAACGUCAUCUACUUACUAGUCGUCGGUAAGUCUCUCAUUGUUUACACUUCUUCUGCUUCUUAUCAAUUUCGCCUUUCUCUGAUUUACUCAGAUUCCAUAUUCUGUACUC